GAUUAGCGGUCCAGCUGCCCUCGGCGCUUCCUGUUGGUGUCUGAGUGAUGAGCAGCAGUAAAACACCUCGCUACAACCAGUACUCCGGAGGCGGAGCGGCGUCCGCCACCUCCUCGACCAUCCCCAGCGGCCCCCCCACACCCCCAGCAGACUCAGGCAGUGGGACUUGACUUUAAUCUCAAGAGUUUGGGAGAUUGCCUCUGAUUUUUGGCCCCAGCCCGGUUGGUCCCUGUUUUGGUGUUAAUGAGAGAUAAACGCAGACCUGGUCGUGGUUCUGGUGACAUCACUCACCACAGCUGUGUCAGUGGGUGAAGCGGUCGUCUUCCUGUCUCCUCGCUGCAGGGCAGGAUGGAAGCUGCGUUCGGCCCAACCUUCUCAGCCGUGGUGACUGGAGCUAAAGGUGACAAAGCUGAGGGAGCCGGUACCUACAAACAGCACAGAAGAACGCCCUCCUCCUCCAGCACGCUCACCUACUCCCCUCGUGAUGACGAUGAUGGGAUGCCUCCCAUCGGCACUCCGCGGAGGUCCGACUCGGCCAUCUCAAUCCGGUCUCUCCAUUCUGAGUCCAACAUGUCUCUGCGCUCCACCUUCUCCCUCCACGAGGAAGAGGAGGACAUGGAGCCCCAGGUGUUUGCUGAGCAGCCUUCAGUCAAACUCUGCUGCCAGCUGUGCUGCAACGUCUUCAAGGACCCCGUCAUCACCACGUGCGGGCACACCUUCUGCAGACGCUGUGCCUUGACUUCAGACAAGUGCCCUGUGGAUGCUGCCAAGCUGACCGUCGUGGUGAACAACAUCGCCGUCGCCGAGCAGAUCGGAGAGCUGUUCAUUCACUGUAAAUAUGGCUGCAGAGCUACGAGCAGCGGCACGGGUGGAGCUGCGGCGUCGGCGACCUCCAUGGCGGGGAAACCCAGCGUGUUCGAGGUGGACCCGCUGGGCUGCCCCUUCACCAUCAAGCUGUCCACACGCAAAGAACACGAGGCCACGUGUGAGUACAGACCGGUCCGGUGCCCCAACAACCCCUCCUGCCCCCCCCUGCUCACCAUGAACCUGGAGGCUCACCUCAAGGAAUGUGAGCACAUCAAAUGUCCUCACUCCAAAUACGGCUGCACCUUCAUAGGGAACCAGGACACGUACGAAACCCACCUGGAGGUUUGCAAGUUUGAGGGCCUGAAGGAGUUUCUGCAGCAGACGGAUGACAGGUUCCACGAGAUGCAGCUGACUCUGGCGCAGAAGGACCAGGAUAUCGGUUUUCUGCGCUCCAUGUUGGGAAAACUCUCGGAGAAGUUGGACCAGCUGGAGAAAAACCUGGAGCUGAAAUUUGACAUGCUGGAUGAGAACCAGAGUAAACUCAGCGAGGACCUGAUGGAGUUUCGGAGAGAUGCCUCCAUGCUUAACGACGAGCUGUCUCACAUCAACGCCAGACUCAACAUGGGGAUCCUGGGCUCCUACGACCCACAGCAGAUCUUCAAGUGUAAGGGAACGUUUGUGGGACACCAAGGUCCUGUCUGGUGUCUCUGCGUCUACUCCACUGGAGACCUGCUCUUCUCCGGGUCGUCAGACAAGACCAUUAAGGUGUGGGACACCUGCACCACCUACAAGUGUCAGAAGACCCUGGAGGGUCACGAUGGCAUCGUGCUGGCUCUGUGUAUCCAGGGCAACAAGCUGUACAGUGGCUCUGCAGAUUGCACGAUCAUUGUGUGGGACAUCCAGACUCUGCAGAAGGUCAACACCAUCCGUGCUCACGAUAACCCAGUAUGCACACUGGUCUCCUCCCACAACAUGCUGUUCAGCGGCUCCCUCAAGGCCAUCAAGGUGUGGGACAUUGUUGGGACAGAGCUGAAGCUGAAGAAAGAGCUCACUGGUCUGAACCACUGGGUCAGAGCGCUGGUAGCCUCCCAGAACCACCUGUACAGCGGCUCCUAUCAGACCAUCAAGAUUUGGGACAUCCGCUCCCUGGAGUGUGUCCAUGUCCUCCAGACCAGCGGGGGCAGCGUCUACUCCAUCGCCGUCACCAACCACCACAUCGUCUGUGGCACCUAUGAAAACCUGAUUCAUGUGUGGGACAUUGAGACUAAAGAACAAGUGCGAACCCUAACGGGUCAUGUGGGGACAGUCUAUGCUCUGGCUGUCAUCUCUACCCCAGACCAAACUAAAGUGUUCAGCGCCUCCUACGACCGCUCCCUCAGGGUGUGGAGCAUGGACAACAUGAUCUGUACCCAGACUCUGCUGAGGCACCAGGGCAGUGUAACGGCGCUGGCGGUCUCCAGGGGGCGCCUGUUCUCCGGAGCUGUGGACAGCACCGUGAAGGUGUGGACAUGCUAAGCCAGCAGGUGGUUCUGCAGGUGUCCAUCCUCACAGGAUCUCUCUGCACCUAUCUCUUUGAUUGUGACUCUCUCUCCGAUGGCCUCAUCACCAGUGCAUUUUCACACACGUCAGGAUAAGCUGCCUUACAGUCGCCCUAACUAGACACCCACCUGCCUCCUUCACAAACUGCUGCCAGUGAACAACUCUGCUAACGAUGCCUGAAGCUUCACGUUGGAAGACUGCUCUCCCUCCCAAUACUUGGUUUCUUCUUCGUGACUUUACUGUAAACGUUUGAGGCUGGAUGACCCGAGAUGUCGAGUCGAGUCGCAGCCGAGUGGCGUGGUCGGCUUCACGAGUUCCAGACUCUUAACGAGCUUUCAGCUGAACUCUGGUGUGCACCAAGGACUUGUGCUCAGACUGGACUUUUCUAACUCUCCACUGUAGUUCUAGAUGCAUUGUGGUUGUCACCUCAGUCAGUUUGGUUAACGCGGCCUUUAUAAAUCUAACUUUAUUAAGCAAAGCCUUUAAGACAGUGACAAAUCUAUACAUGUAACGUUUUAUAUCAGUGCUAUGACUGUACAGCUGUGUAACCCUAAAUGUCACAGAGCCUUGACAACGUGCCCACUAAUGGACUUACAGCAGCCAGAUGGGCGGGGACGAAGGGUAAAUGUGUGUUAAUCUGUGCCAAAUGCAAGAAACUAGAGAUGUCCUGAUGAAGACAUGGCCCUGAUACAGGGCCCAGCCUCUUUAGACACACGCUGCUCCUAAACAACCGUUCGUAGAGGAUCCGUAAACACCAGGUGGGCUGCUGAAAGGGCCAACAGUGUUUAUAAAUGCAGUUAAAAGCAGCAACUCUGCAGCCCUGUGGUCUGCUCUACACGACGGGUUUAAAAACACAAACUGGAAGAAGAUGAGAGGGAAGUCGUUCCUUAAAUAUUCUGUAAAGUGAAACGAGCGCUAACAUUUUAAACGCCAACCUCACAAGGCUUUUUAUUGGUUGGUUUCCUUGAACUCGCCUCCAGCUCCCGGUUAAAGGUGUUGGUGUUAAAUUAGCUCCACUAACGUAAAACUGUGGACACCGAGCCAACACGACGAGAUCAGAAGCUGAGUGUCGUCGUCCCGCUCUGAUACCGAGUGCUGCUCUUGACCGGGACAUCCCUAUAAGAGACUAGUAAUGUCUUCAGUUCCCGCCUUCCUCUUAACUAACCACAGCUAAAGACCAGGGGUCUCCUUCAUCAAGCUUGCAUACGCACAAAACGGGGUCGGAAAACUGCGUAAGCAACUUUCCACGCAAACUUUGGGAUUAGCGGAAAAAUGUGCGCAACUUUAAGUUGACAAUUUUAGGACCUGGCUUACACACAUGCUGGACAUGGAGAGCACCUGUAGUGCUGCUGCUGAGAAGAUACGAUUAUGAAAUCCUGCAGCAUUAUCACUUGUACACACACACACACACACACACACACACACAGCCUGAAGCCAGAAUACUGAAUGCAGAAUAUCAGCAGGGGGACAGAUUGAGACAGAACAUCAUGCGUGUGUGACAGUGUGUGUCCUGUCACUGUGACCCGAUUGAUCAUGCACCCUGGCUACUUGUACAGGGGAGAUCCUGUUUGGGUGACUGGUUAGCGUGUGUGACUUUCAUCCGGGAGUCUGGGGAUCGAAUCCUGAUUGGACCAUUUUGUUUUAUAUCCGCCACAGAUCUCUCUGAAGAAGUCAGCAUUGACGGCUUCAGCAACGCUGUGCCACUCCGUGGAUUUUCUCUUAUUUGUUUUGCAAAAGCACUUCCUGUCAUUUCUCCUCCUCACCCACAGGUACCUCAUCUUCUGCUUGUGAAAUAGCGCUUCCUUGAUCUGCGGUCGGGAUCGAAAUGCUGCAACAGUCGGCUUAUGUAUAUGCAUGAGAUCCACAAGGCACUUUGCAUUGACCAUUUAUGGCAGUAAGUGGGCGUGGUGAGGGCGAGAUGUGGCUAAAAUUCAGCUGAGAACCAUUCUCGUUAGUCUCUGAUUUAUGAAGCGAAGACUGCGUGCAGCUGUGCGUCCUCCAUGUUUGACAGAUCACACACCUGCUUGGCGUAAGUACAUUUGUUUGAUAAAUGAGACCCCUGCAAAGCAGCCCUGAGCUGACGUACUAGCUGUAAGUGGAGGACUCACAUUGGAUAGAAAACAUAACGUUAGCCAAGUAGCUCACUAAACUCCAUGUUUUUAUUGGAGCUCAGACCUGCUGAGCUUCAGAAAAGGACAAGUAUCGAGUUUCGCCUGGCCACAUUUCCAGUGAUUUUAUUGUAUACUUGUAAUCAUUUAAGCUUGAGUUUAUCGUUGAUCAAUAAAGACUAUUGUACACUUUGA